AUGUAGCUAGCACACUUGUGAACUUUGUUGGGCAAAAGAUGUAUGUUCUUUUCGUGAUAAACAAAAAGUAGCUUAAUCAUUUCAGUUAUUCUUAAUCAAACUGCUGAGGCUCAGUCAGCACGUGUUGUUUGACAGCUGUCAUGUCUCACAGCGGUACAGCAGUGGUGCGUUUAAGCCGAAGAAGUGAGAGCUCUGAUGAUGAUGAGAAGAGGAUGAAGAGGAGAGAGAAGAACCGAGUGGCUGCACAGAGGAGCCGUAAGCGGCAGACCCAGAGAGCCGAUGAGCUACAUGAGGCCUAUGAGUGCUUGGAGCAGCAGAACAGUUUACUGAAGAAGGAGGUUCAGGUGCUGCUUGAAGAACAAAAACGCCUGGCAGAGGCACUCCAGUCCCACGAGCCUCUGUGUCCUGUCCUGAACCACGAGCCUCUGUGUCCUGUCUGAACCACGAGCCUCUGU